AUGGACCGGCGUGAGACCCAGCAGCAGCGCAGGCAGCAGCUCUCCCAGCGACUCCGACCACAGACAGUUGGAGCAGACGAGGACGGAGGACAGCGUGCGGGACCGCAGCAAGCCACCAGCGCCAAAGGCACGCCAACCCUGGCCUCGGGAAGGGGACAGCAAGGAAAGCCGCUGCACAUGGACUUUGGCAGUGACUAUCACAAGAAACAGAAUGCCCUCAGAGCGCUUCAAAAGAAAGCUCUGGACAAGAAUCCUGAUGAGUUCUACUUUAAAAUGAUACGUGCAGAGCUCCAGGAUGGAGUCCAUGUAAUAAAGCAGCCAAAGGAUGAAGUGACCCCCGAACAGGUGAAACUAAUGAGGACACAGGAUAUUAAAUAUGUGGAAAUGAAAAGAGUGGCAGAAGCCAAGAAAAUCGAGAGGCUGAAGUCGGAGCUCCAUCUGCUGGAUGCUGAGGGGAAGAAUCCCAACAAGCACGUGUUCUUUCUUGAUACCAAAAAAGAAGUUCAGGAGUUUGAUAUUGCAACUCAUCUGGAUACUGUUCCAGAGCUCGUAGGUCGAGUGUACAACCGACCGACCAUUGCAACAUUGCAGAAAGAGACACUGAAAGGAGCUACUGAGCCUGCCCACUUAAAGAAAUUAGCCCAGCAAAGGAAGAAUCAGUAUGACCUCCUGAAGCAGCGCAUUGAAAGAGAAAAGGCCAUGUUUGUCAUCGCACAGAAAAUCCAGACGCGUAAAGAUCUUUUGGAUAAAACUCAUAAAGUAAAGGUGAAGAAAGAGACUACAAAUAGUCCAGCUAUAUACAAAUUCAAAUUUCAGCGGAAACGUUAGCCAUUCUAUUAAAUAAUUGUUACCGCCUUUGCUUAGAAAGAAAGAGGAUUCUACUCAUGAAGAAGGACUGAUAGACCGUAUCAGUUUGUUUUUCACUGCAGCCUAGCACUUCGUUAAAACAAAUUGCUGUGGGCCUGCGGUACCCAUAAAUAUAUUGUAUCUAAUUAAUUGAUUAAUAAAUCAGAGCGUUGGUUGUCUUGGUAUUUACAG